CACGGUCAAGAUCACGUGAAAUCGAUCCAACUCAACGAAGAUGAAUCCCCUUGCCAACCCCAAGAGAUCAUCCAAACCCAUGAACCAUGUCCAGAUCACAUAACCCCCGGUGCUAUUUUGAUAUAGAAAUUGCGGGACAGAAGGCCGGGAGAAUCGUCUUCGAACUCUUUGCAGACGAAGUCCCAAAGACCGCGGAAAACUUUCGCGCACUAUGCACUGGUGAACGCGGAAGAAGCGCCAAAAGUGGCGCAACAUUGCACUAUAAAGGCUCGGCCUUUCAUAGAGUCAUUCAAGACUUUAUGCUCCAGGGCGGGGAUUUCACGAAUGGAGAUGGAACUGGCGGGGAAAGUAUUUAUGGGAGCCAAUUUCCGGAUGAGAGUUUUAAGCGGAAACAUGAUGUCGAAUUUUUGCUAUCAAUGGCAAACCGAGGUCCCAAUACAAACGGAUCUCAAUUCUUCAUCACCUGCGCUCCGACGCCGCAUCUGGACGGAAAGCAUGUGGUGUUUGGAAGGGUAGUCAGUGGUCAAGACAUUGUGCGCAAAAUCGAGGUGCUGCCCACUGAUAGAAAAGACCGACCCCACGAUAAAGUCAUCAUCGCUAAUAGUGGAGAGCUGGAACGUGUCGUUACGAAGCGACGACCAUCGGAUCGGGACGCUACUGCUGAAACAAAACGGAGAAGGUCGCUCACCCCUUCUUCGUCGUCCUCUUCAUCAUCAUCAGAAGAGGAACGAAGACGUAAGAAGAAAACCAAAUCUAAAAAACGGCGACGCAGAUCGCCCUCCACUUCUUCCGAAUCAUCUUUAUCGUCCUCCGAAUCAAGCUCCCCUUCAUCAUCGUCCGAAGAGGAACGAAGCAAAAAGCGAAAAAAGGCAAAGAAGAAGAAGAAGAAGCAAAGUAAACAGAAGGAAGAAUCCAAAUCCAUUGAGGAAUCUCAAACCGUUGAAGAGUACGUUGGCAUUGCUCCACCUGAGGAGAUCAACGGUCCAAGGUCGUGGCUGGACCGUAGCGGUGGCAAGCAUAACAAUGAGCGAAGACAGUUGGUUAACGCCGACUUAACAAAUCGGCAUGGGUUUGAGAGGAGAGAUAAGGAUGGUCGCAUUGUAAAGGGGCGGGGAAUGAUGCGAUACCGACGAGAAAACGAAGGGUAUCCACGGUACCACGAUCAGCGCUCCCGUGACAGACAUGACUCGUAUCGUCGAGAUGAUCGGGACCUGCGUGAACGCAUUGAGCACCGUCGCGAACGAAGAGAUCAAGAUGAGCCGAGUCGCAGCCAAGUUGUAGUUGUCGAGCGCAAACCCGAGAGACGAGAUGGCGAUUCAGGAGAGGAAAAUGGGCAUCGGGAGCAGAAUGGGACUGAACAGGGCGAACGAGAAAUGGAGGCAGAUCACGAUGGUGAUGAUGCACCUCUACAGGAUUUGGGGGAGGUGGACGCUGAAAAAAUGACGGAAGAGUGAGCCUUUAGGCCUGUGUGAAUUGAUUUGAAUAAUAAGAUACAAUAGUUCUGUA